AUGCCUCGGUCGUUUUUGGUGAAAAGCAAGAAAGCACACAGCUACCAUCAGCCGCGGUCAAUUGAGGAUGACUACAGCCGACUUGAUACUAUUUUAGCGCAUAUAUGUGCAGAGAGCAAGACUGAGGAUUCUGACUGCUGUGCUGACGCCUUGACUGGCGACACUACAGGAGGUUUCUCUCCGGAGUCUCACCUUGUAGAUACCGGAGAUCUGUCUUCCAAAUCCCCACUCAGCUGCGGAGGAAGUGCGUGUGGUCGCUCAUCGGACUAUGAGGACUACUGGAGGCCUCCAUCCCCCUCUGCGUCACCAGAUUCCGAAAAAUCCUUCUCUCCCUCUCUGGAUGAAACUCAGCCGUUCUCUGUACCCUUCAGGCCUUACGCAUGGAGCACCUACUCCGGCUCGGAAAUCAGGCAGCUCACACAGCAAACCUAUAAUCAUCACCACCCACUAGAUCUGGAGCGAAGCCCUUCGCUUAGCUAUUAUACGGACACUGUGUUAGAACCCCCCAUAUUCUCCGAUCGUGGCUCAGGGGCAAGCAUUUACGGCAGCUAUGGAUCAACAGCUAAUCUGUUUGAGAGGGCAUCCGCUUCGGGACUGUAUACGGAUGGUAACGCGCACGGGAAAAAUUCUGAGAUUAAAUCUGACAUGCUCUGCAAUCGUCACAUGCUGAAUGGCGCCUACAAAUGCAUUAAAUGCAGCAAGGUAUUUUCUACCCCACACGGAUUGGAAGUCCAUGUUCGAAGAUCACACAGUGGAACAAGGCCUUUUGCUUGUGAUAUUUGUGGUAAAACAUUUGGACACGCCGUGAGCUUGGAACAGCACAAAGCCGUUCAUUCCCAGGAAAGGAGUUUUGAUUGUAAAAUCUGUGGGAAAAGCUUUAAAAGAUCUUCUACCCUCUCGACUCAUCUCCUCAUCCAUUCCGACACACGGCCCUAUCCAUGUCAGUAUUGUGGGAAGAGAUUCCAUCAGAAAUCCGACAUGAAGAAACACACCUUCAUUCACACAGGAGAAAAACCACAUAAAUGUCAGGUGUGUGGGAAAGCUUUCAGUCAGAGCUCCAAUCUGAUAACGCACAGCCGAAAACACACUGGUUUCAAACCUUUCGGAUGCGACCUGUGUGGAAAAGGAUUCCAGCGAAAAGUUGACUUGAGAAGGCACAAGGAAACACAACAUGGACUGAAAUAA